GGAAGGCGGCGUGGAAGCAGAAGAGCGCGGCCAGGAAGGCGAGCAGCUUGCAGCCCAGCGCGCCCGGCGGCGCCCCCGCGGCGGCCGCUGCCCGCCGCGCCGCCAGCAUGACGGCCGGGAGGCAGGCGAGCGCGCGCAGCCCGUCGGCCAGGCACAGGUCGAGCAGCAGGGGCUGUGGGGUCACCUCCUCUUCCUCCCUCCUGCCGCCCCAAGCUGUCUGAGUUGCGUGUUACGCAGGGGGAGAGCACAUUGGCCUGGAUCUCAAGCUACCCACGUUCUAGUCCUGCCUGUGUUAUUUCCUAGAGCUGUGGCCUCGGAUCCCUCCCUGGUGCCACAGCAGCUGAGUGCGCAUCAAAUCUGAAGAAAAUCUACACAGUACAAACGGUACAGAUAUUCUGGAGCGUGUACAAUAAUAUUCCUCCUGUGACUAGCCUGCCUUUGAGAUGUAGUUAUCAUUUAAUGAGAGGAGAGAGGCGGCCACUUUGGGAAGAGGAGAGCAAUGCAAAGGGUGGCGUAUGGAAGAUGAAAGUUCCCAAGGACAGCACGUCCACAGUUUGGAAAGAGUUGUUGUUAGCGACUAUCGGGGAACAGUUCACAGACUGUGCCGUCGCAGAUGACGAAGUAAUAGGAGUUAGUGUCAGUGUCCGGGACCGGGAAGACGUCGUCCAAGUCUGGAAUGUAAAUGCCGCUGUAGUGGGGGAAGCCACCGUUUUAGAAAAGAUCUAUGAACUCCUGCCCCACAUAUCUUUUAAAGCCGUAUUUUAUAAACCCCAUGAAGAGCAUCAUGCUUUUGAAGGUGGACGUGGAAAACACUAAUUGCACUCUGUAAAGAAUUCUUUGUCCUUUGCUGAUUGGUUUUGGAAACGGUCUUAACAGGAGGGAGAGUGAAGAGAAGACUUGCCGAAGCCCGAUGCUGGUCCAUUUAGAGUGGGUGUCUGCCCUUGCAGAUUGAGCAAUUAGGAUUCAAAGUGGCAGGUGGGGUGGAGGGAGAUUGUGUGGGUUUUUUCCGUCACAUUUCUUGCUUUUUUUUUUUUUUUUUGCUUUCUGAAUUCUCUGUUCUUUUCACUCCAGCUUUUUUUUUUUCUUUUUGCCCUUUUAAACUCCUCAUUCAGUCUAAUUAUUGUUUUCUAUACUCCCCUUUCGUUGAGGCACAAGAAAUUGGUUUCCCUUUAAGUAGCUCUGCUGUACCUAGUUAAUGAGAAUAUGUAUAAUCGUGACAAUACUGCUUUUGAAAACCACACUGUCCUCGGAGGAAUACUAGCUGGGUGAAACCUGUCUUUUGAUUAUUUGUUGUGACACAUUCCUAUAUACUGUGCACUGGGCAUUGUUUUUUCUGUCCCAGGGAAAAGAAAAACCUUACUUAAUCUGAUUUUUCACUGAGAGCACACACAUCUUUUAUUUUUCCUUUUUAAGAAUUUUUUUUUUUCCGAGAUGAAAGGAAAGUAAUAGUUGGGUUGCCAAACAUGAAAACUAUAAUCACAGUUGAGUAUCAGGAUAUAAAUCAAACUGUAGAUCUUUGGACCCUCUGGAAAUAUUUUCCAACCAGAAUUUCAAUUUGGCCUUUUCAAAGGGAGGCGCUUGGAGUGGUAGCAAGGGGUCUGUCUCAAUAGGAAACCUUAUAAUUUCUGAUCUAAAGAGAAGGUGAUAUUUUAAUUGUUUGAAUUAAGCUGCUUCUAAAUUUUGGGUGUGUGUACCCACUUAGGGCUUUCCAAGUCAAUUCAUACACAUUUUGUUAAAUGAUCCCCUUUUACUGUUCAUAUUGUGUGUCGUUUCCAAUAAUCAGUCAUUCUCCGGUCUGGGCGGCUUUCCCCUGCCCUUUUCAUGUGGGAGCAGAAGUUAAAUCUCAUUUCCAGGGUGAAUGUGAACAUUCACAAAGUUGAACUCUGAAUGCAUUCUGUUCACAUUAAUUUUUAGAAUUGUUGAGAUACAUCGUAUUGUGUUACCAAAUAAAUACCGGUUUUAGUAGAAGGAAAUGACCACCCUCUGGAACACUCAGAAUGUUCUGAUUUCCCUCCCUCGACUCUGCCAAGCCUCCUGCUGCGUCUACCUGAAAAAGGCAGGGCCAUUUGGAGACGCUUCCUCCUGCUAGCUUUUUUUUCUGGACUCAGGGGAGCUAAGGCAUGCUUAUACAUUUCACAAAAGGGCGGUGCAUCCGAACUUCAUUGCACCCAGGAUUUUUAAUUCCUCUUGCAGUACUGACCAGCAGAGAGAGGUGGGUCUACUUCCAGCCCGCAGCCUGUGUUUGUAAAUAAAAUCCUCCAUUCAAACAUUUUAAAGGAUUUGAAAACAAUACCUUUUUACAAAAGUCGUGCCCUUCACUUGCAUCACUAACCACAUCAACCAUAAUAACAAUGAUCAUGGCUUUUCUUUUUUUUUUUAAUGCUUUGUUUCUAAACUUGAGUUUCUCCAGUGAUUUCAAAAUGAGGUAAUAAGGAUAUCAGACCCAUUUUUCAAAAGCCUGGCACUUCUAUUUUGUUAAACCUUGUACUAACAUCCAACUUGUUUUUAAAUUAUUGAUCAAGGAUUUUUAAAAAAAUAUUCUGGGCCUGAAUUUAAAUUCUUUUUUAUAAUAUAAGUAUUUUUCUGAUAGAGUAGAAAAAAGGAUAUAAUUGACUUAUCUUCAUUAUAAUUGUCAUAUAUAUUUCCAUAAGUAAAUGGAUGUUGAAGUGUUUUUAUUUUUGAACUUCAUUUAAAGCAUUGUGAUGACAUGUUCAACUUUUGCAUGUAUGUAGCUUUUGAAGUAAAAAAAUAAAAGGAAUAGGAAUGUUAGGCUCCCAUUAAUGUUUUCUAGUUUCUAUUGUUUAUGAUCACGAAACAUGGCUUAACACACAAAGUAGGUCUUUUUGUCCCAGAGAACUUGCGCCACUCUUUCUGACCCUGUGGAAGAUACCAACUGUGAGAAGGGUUUAAUUUGCCCAAGUUAAAGACCUAUCAUCUAAAUUACCCUAAGAGAGGAUUUUGUCAGAUUUUGCUUUGGAAAUUGUUUUAAUUGACUAUUUAGUUCUUAAGAGACAGUGUAUGAACUAAGCUGAUGUAAUCAGUUUAAAAACCUCUCAUUACCUUUUUGGAUGAAAGAAGCUAAUACUCUCUGGAGAUACAAGGAAAUGUUUUGUGGGGCACGUGACUUUAGUGUUAGGGUGGCGUCCCCCCCUCGGCCAUUGCUGGGGAAAGGGGGUUACUUGCAGUAGAAUCCGGGUGUCUUUCAGCGAAGUCUUUGCAGGUGUAGCCUGGACUCUCUGCAUAGAGCCGUCCAGAAGCCAGAGAGCUUGCUCUCUGGUCUUUGUCAUUCCU